AUGCCUCCCACCCCCGGCUCUCGGUGGGCCAGAAGCCCCCCACCUCCCACCUCCAGCAGCGAUCCCUACCGCCAGCGCCUUCGCUCCCGCCCAAUCCGGGAGCUCCGCAGGGCGCGGCCGCCGGUGGGCUCGGCGAGCCGCUGCCGACGCGGCCGCCUUCCUCUCCUCAGGGCCGCCGCUGCUGCUGCCGUCGCUGCUACUGCUUCCCGGACAGCCUGCCGCCGACACUACCACAGCCGCCGCCGCCGCCGCCGCCACCGCCACCGCCACAGCACGACCGGCGCCCGCGACGUCACCACGCCCCGCCCCCCGCGCACACCUAGCCCCGCCCCCUAUCGCCCGCGCGGCGCCCUUGCCCCGCCUCCGGCUCUCGCGGGCCGCUGGGCUUUCCCUUCGUCCCACUGGGAAGCGCCCCGCGACGCCGCUCCACGGGACCGCGCGCCAGGAUCGGCAAGUGCGGCGCUCCGAGGCGGUGAAGGUAACUGGGUGCCGAGGCAGGGUUGCGCCACACGUAGCGCCGCCCCUCACACACACACAGACACACACACACCCACGGCCGAGCGUCCACCGGGAGCCCGGGUCGCGAUAUUGAGCGAGGAAGGUGCGGACGAGGAGGGGCGGCGUUUGUCUCCUCCUGCUUGCCGUAGGACGUGGACUGCUGGAAGCCCCAGGAGUGGAGUGGCCUUUCCCAAACCUGGAGUCGCCCCGCCCCCUCCUUGGCAAGCCCGUUACCCGAACCCUGGGACGGCCGCCACCUUAGGAAAUAGCUCAGGGCUUGUCAUUAGAGCCGCGGCUGCCUGGACACCCUUUGUCCAAGAGAAGUUAGCUUGCCUCUCACCCUUGGCUUUUGCGCUGGGAGGCUGCGGAAGGCAAUAAAAUACUCUUGAGUCAUCUGGGCUGUCCAAGCGAUCGUGGUGAAAGACCCUCGCCUCAGUAGGUGGCUUUUUUUGCAAGGAUCAUUCCAGGGAGGAAGAGUGUGGGCGGAACCUGAUGUCCACAUGCAGUGCGUGUACUGUGCCAAAUGCUUCACCGCGGUACCUUUUUUUAUUUAGCCCUCACUCUAAGCAAAGCGAACUACAAAGCAGCUGCUACCUUAUUUUAGACAACCCAGUUUUCUGGUGCUGAAUUUCAACCUUUGCCUUUUGUCAAGAGCAAGC